AUGUCGGCGGAGCCCAAAAAACGACGAUUAGACGAUGAAAAUGUGAGUUUUCUUUAGUAAUUUUCAAUUAAAAUUGAUGGUUUCAGGUUUCCCUUGAAGAAAAUAAUGCAGAAACAACCGGUUGGUUCGAUAUUUCAUAUGAAAUGAGGAAAAUUCUGAUCGAUGAAAUGGAUGUUGAAACUCGAAGCGAAAGUUUGAAUAUUGCAAUUCGACAGAGAAUUUCGGCGGAAAAAAAUGUAGGUUUUUUGCGAGACUUGUACAAAAAACAACUUCAUUAA